CACCGCAGACGAGAUUCGCACAGCAACGUUUUGGAUUAGGAUGCAAGUGAGGUGUCUUCUUAUCUGCCUGGGUCUGAGCCUGGGCUUGCUAAUGCUCACCACACCGGUGUGUGAGGCACGUCGUGGACGCGGACGUGGACGCACCAAAUCGCGAGUUCAGAUUGGUUUGCCCAUAACGGGCAAAUAUCGUGAUCCCGAAUCGGAUCAAUACUAUAACAAUAAUAAUGGUGCCAAAAUCUUGCAGGCCUCGCACUUUGAUCUUGAGUACGUGCUGGGCCAUAAGAUUGCAUUCCUGUGCGUGGCCAAGGGCAAUCCUCGUCCGCAUAUCACUUGGUACAAGGAUGGCGCUGAGAUCUAUCAGCAUUUGUAUAUGCAUGUGCAUGAAUGGCGCAUUGGAGACGAUCGCGUCAAAUCGAAGAUCGAAAUCGAUCCGGCAACACAAAUGGAUGCCGGACUCUACGAGUGCACGGCGGACAAUAUGUACUCGAUUGACAGGCGCAGUUUCAAGACAGAUUUCUCGAUUGCCUUCGAUUAAUGUACUCGUAAUAUAGCAAUGUUUAAGCAAUAAAGUUGAUCCUUAGAGUAAAGAGUA